UCUGUUCUUUGUUUUAUUGUUCUCCUCCUUUCUGAGUUCCCAAUCGAAUUUGAACUGCAUUCAUUCUGCUUUUUCUGAAUGAGGAUUUGUGAUCUUUCCUUCUCUUUCUCUUCCUUUCUCUUUUUCAAUUUGUUCCUCAAUGGUUCAAUAGCAGAUAGUUUUUGGGUUUAGGUGUUUCUCUUCCAUUUUGUGGUUCAAUAAUGUUGGCCAUCCCUUUCUGCCAUUUGCUUUUCGGUUUUUACUCGAUCGACCUCAGUCUCUAUUGAUGUCUAUCUUUCAAUAUUGAAUUCGAAAUUUCUCAUGAUCCUCAAUUUGUGUUUGGAUUUGUGGAUCAGUUUCUUCACUGGAAUCUGCCGGUACUGACUGAAAUUUGUGCUUCAACUAAUUGAUGUAUUGGCUUUAUGAGGAAUAGAAUUUGGGUAUCUCAAAUCAUCCUUUUUUGAAUUUUUUUUUUUUUUAUUUUGGGCAUACAGAAUCAUGCGGUGGCUUUGCUUUUGAUGACUUCCUUCUUACAUUUGUGCAGGAAGCUCCGUUUGUUGUUGAUCCAUUUUUAGCUACACUUUGCUUGGAAGCUCUUCCGAAGUUUCUUGAUUGGUCACCUUAAAAUGGAUAGACCAUAUCUUUCUGAAUUCUCUGUAAUUCAAAGCACACUCGCUGAAAGGUGAGGCUAUCGGGACUCAGAAUCUGGUCAUGAGCCCUGGAAUUUGGAUAACAAGAAGAAGGAACCACAAAGAUGAAGUAUAUGAAACUUGGGACAAGGCCAGACACGUUUUACACAGAAGAAGCAACAAGAACGGUGACUUCAGAUGCACCGACAGACCUAAUUUUACGAAUCAACAACAUCAAUUAUCAUCUCCACAAGUCGCAGUUCUCUCUGCUACCGAAAUGCGGUCUCUUACAACAGCUUUGCCCGACCGAUGAUGGUGAAACCACCAUAGAUCUCCAUGACAUUCCCGGAGGAGAAGAGGCUUUUGAGUUGUGCGCUAAAUAUUGCUACGGAAUUACCAUCAACUUCAGCGCAUAUAACUUUCUACCUGCAUUUUGCGCUGCCAAGUUCCUCCGCAUGACUGAAGCAGUGGAAAAGGGAAAUUUCGUGCUGAAGCUCGAGGCUUUCUUCCAUUCGUGCAUUCUUGAGGGGUGGAAGGACUCCAUCAUCACGCUUCAGACUACAAACAAACUACCUGAAUGGUCUGAAUCUCUCGGAAUUACUAGGGUGUGCAUUGACUCAAUUGUGCAGAAAAUUCUCACCCCUCCGCCAAAGGUCACAUGGUCUUAUACUUAUACAAGACCAGGAUAUGACAAGAAAAAUCGCCAGUCAGUACCUCGUGAUUGGUGGACAGAAGAUAUUUCUGAUCUAGACAUAGAUCUCUUCUGUUUUAUUAUCAUUGCUGUACGAUCAACGAAUAUGCUUCCUUCACAGCUUAUUGGUGAAGCUUUGCAUGUCUAUGCCUCUCGCUGGCUACCAGACCCGACUAAGACUAGGACUAUCGGAAGUACCGCAUCACAACCAGAAGAAAUCACGGUGAAGAACCAGCGGAUCCUAGAGGCUAUCGUAAGCAUGAUCCCAGCGGAACGGGGUUCUCUUUCAAUUAAUUUCCUGCUAAGGCUGCUGAGUCUUGCAAACUGUCUAGGAUCAUCUCCAUUAACUAAGACUGAACUCGUCCGGAGGUCCAGUCAACAGUUGGAUGAGGCGAAAGUGGGUGAUCUGCUGUUUCCUUCUUAUUCCACAUCAGACCAACACUUUUACGACAUGGAAUUGGUACGGUCCGUGUUGGAAAGUUUUUGGGUACUGUGGAGAAGACAACCUCCCGGAUCUUCAGAGAAGGGCGAGUCUACGAGAUCAGUUAGGAAGGUUGGGAAGCUCAUUGAUUCUUAUCUUCAAGUGAUUUCCAAGGACGUCAAAAUGCCCGUGUCCAAGGUAGUAUCUCUUGCCGAAUGCUUGCCCGAUAUUGCCAGGCCACUGCAUGAUGACCUCUACAAAGCUAUUAACAUCUACCUGAAGGAGCAUCCUGAUUUGUCCAAGACCGACAAGAAGUUCCUCUGUCGGAUUUUAGAUUGCCAGAAGCUGUCUCCAGAUGUACGAGCGCAUGCCGUGAAGAACGAGCGCCUGCCCUUACGUACUGUGGUUCAAGUCCUCUUCUUCGACCAAGAGAAAUCCACCAGGGGAGCAACCACACCUCAUAGCUUGGCUUCACACAACACCACAACUAGGGGAAAGGAGACACACGCUGCAAGAGAAGAUCAAGGCAAGCCAAAGCUAAGCCCGGAAGUUCGACUUCCAAGAGCAGAUGACCCGACAAUCUCCGUAGCUGAAGCCAGCACGAAAGAUCAUCCUAGGACAAUGCAACCGGACAUGAAGCUACCGAAAGAACUGGAGAGGAAGUUGGCGAUGAGGGAGAUAGAGGAAGGGGUGGAGUCAUCAGAGAAGGCAAAGGAUGUCGCCACAGAGGAAAGAUCGCGAAGCAGAAGCAUGUUGGACCCCCAUAAGAUCGGGAAAAGAACCGGUAAAUCGGAUUGUGGCCAUAAUAAAGGGCGAGAGAGAUAGCAAAUCGGCUGAUGGUCAUUUUCAUAUAUCAGAAAGAAGCAUUUCAGGAUCUGUAACUUUUCCUAUGCCCAUCAAAUAGUUUGGUUCUGAGUGAUGAUUUACAAUGUAAUCUGCAAUUUGUGAGUAGACAUAGCUUCUAUAAGAUGAGAACCUCCAUAAACCAAAGAAGAAAUUCUUCAGGAACUAAUCCUAAACCAUUCAUUACCAAUAUACCAGCAACAUACACUG